UUACUGGUGGACAGAGGAGAGGCAGAUUAUACUGCUCUACACAACUGUUGUUUUAAUCCUUUGGGCGUAGAGAUUUAGCAAAGAAAAACACUGGCUUUAAUAUCUAGCAGCCAUAUUGUAUGGAAAAGCAACGGAAAGGCUCUUCUUGUCCGCCGUUUUACCAAAUCGUUUACUAUCAAAACUUGAAGUUUAAUUUUACACUUUCUGACGCUGGACUUGUGCUGGCCAGCUAGCUUGCCAGCUGGCUGUGUUUUACUCAGAUCUGGACUUGUUUUGAAAAAGAUUUUCAGCGUUUAGGGUUGGUCUUCUGAUAAGGUUAAAAAUCGCCUCGAAGAUGAAGGAUCGAUUGGAGCAACUCAAAGCGACUUGUGAUCAAGAUGACGAUGAGGUGGAGAUCGCUGUGGACAAUGCAGCCUUUAUGGAUGAGUUUUUCUGUCAGAUUGAAGACAUCAGAAGCAGUAUUGAUAAAAUUGAUGAGAAUGUGGCUGAAGUCAAAAAGCUUUACUCUGUCAUCCUAUCUGCUCCCACAUCAGAUCAAAAAACGCAAGAUGACCUUGAGGCAAUCACCAAUGACAUCAAAAAGAUGGCAAACAAUGCAAGGAACAAACUCAAGACAAUUGAGAGAAAUCUGGAAUCUGAAGAGCAGGAGAGGAUCUCAGCUGAUAUGCGGAUACGAAAAUCACAGCAUGCAGUACUUUCUAGAAAAUUUGUGGAGGUAAUGACAAAGUACAAUGAAGCCCAGGUAGAUUUCAGAGAGAGGAGUAAAGGGAGAAUUCAAAGACAGCUAGAGAUCACUGGGAAAGCAACAACAGACGAAGAACUUGAGGAAAUGCUGGAGAGCGGCAAUGCGGCUGUUUUCACUGCAGGGAUUGUAGACUCUGGGAUUUCAAAACAAGCUCUUAGUGAAAUUGAAUCCCGACACAAAGACAUUGUCCGUCUUGAAAGCAGCAUCAAGGAACUGCAUGAUAUGUUUGUUGACAUUGCCAUGCUGGUGGAAAGCCAGGGUGAUAUUGUAGACAACAUUGAGCAGAAUGUAUCAAAGUCAGUGGACCAUAUUAUAGAAGCUAAGGAAGAGACAAAAAAAGCUGUAAGGUAUCAGACCAAAGCCCGCAAGAAAACUGUGAUUCUGGUGGUGGUUGUUAUCAUCUUGUUGGCCUUACUAGCUCUCAUAAUUGGGUUGUCAGUGGGACUGAAAACAUAAACUUUAACAUCAAAACUAAUGAACAUCAUUGUGGUCAUCAAAUCAUCUUCCAAUCUACACCAUGGAUACUCCACCUACCUCCUGAUCACCCCCACCCAGUCAUUAGUCGCUCAUUUUAAGACACUUAAAAACAUUUGAACCAUUUCCAUAGUAAUCACUGAAUGGCUGCAAAAAUGAUGACGCCACUGAGCACCUUGUUGGUGUAAAGGUGAAAUGAGGAAACGAGACUGCACUGACAUGUAUUGUACUUGCUGUACAAGAAAGGAUGAAAAAAAUUAUUCAAAAAGAAAGUUUGCUUAUGUUGCUGAGCGCUGUUCUCGUCAACAUAUUGUGCCAAAGAAUCAAUAUAUUACAAUGUAUAUUAAUAGAAGGAUGCAAACCUCACCUAAUGUUUUAUUGUAAUGAUUGUAAAUGCUAGCUACUAUAUGUCAUUUGUACUGUGAGUUUGACUUCAAGUCAUAGCACUUUCACAUUUCAUUGUCUUAACUACUGAUGUGAAGAUUUUAUCAUCUUGUAUAUAAUUGUUUUAUGUCAAGAGUUCUAACCAUGUUUUGGAGAGGAAUGGUCUGCACACUUAUGAUUCUUCAGCGGGUAAAAGAUCAGAUUGUUUUCUAUGUGAUAUGUUUGGACUGGUCAUUUUGACACAUGUCCACAUCUGGACUAUGUGUUUAAAUAGAGAAUGUCAGUGUUGGCUAUAUUGACUGUUAACAUCACUAAGCAAGAGAUGUAUGUAGUUAAUUAUUUGUUGCUACUGUUUUUUUCACCAAAGGGUUGUAAAUGUGCACAGCCAAUUCUGAGGCAUAUUUAUAUAAACUUAUAUGAUCUUAUCUUUAUGUUUCAAAAUACAAAUAGAGACAUUUUAUAUAAUGAAAUGUCAUAAGUUCAAAAUAAAUAUAGAUUUAUUUAUUUUUUUAGUUCAUGAGUGACAUUCUUUUAUAAUAAAAUAGUGGUCCAUUUGUUUUGGUGACUGACUGAGCAUGUUAACAAUUGUGUUUAAAAAUAUCUCUAAAGCAAGUAAAGGAGGUAAGUGUUUCAGUUUUUAUUUUCACACACACAUAUAGUUCUGCAUUACUAUGUUCCCCUUUUUACCCAGUUUCCUCAAUUUCCAUUGUGACCACUAAUGAAAGUUCAUUGUAUGUUUUUGGAUUCUAUGUUUACCCAUUUCUCUCACUGGUCUCUCUUUUAUGAAUAAAACUAUAGAAAAAGAUGAUGAUUACCUUAUGCUGUGCCAUCAUUGGAAUAGUUGGAUUCUCCUAUCUCUACAGCUUCUUCUCCUAAACUGAAAGGGUGUUUCAAGAUGACGAAAGCCCAUACUUCCCCCGGAUUUAGGACAGAUAUAUACUUUUUUCCUUCAAUAAUGAUAUGAUUUUUUUCUUGAACUGAAAGUGUGUAGAUUUUUAUCUGUCGGUUUGCUGUUCUGCCUAUUAAAAAAACAGAUGGCUUAACAUGUGACAUUUAUAAUCGGUUUUAGUGCCCUCUGUUGGUGCAUUAUGAAUAUUUGUAAGAUUCACGUUCUCGACAUUUUUCAGUACAUUAAGUAUAAGUACAUUCGUGCACUUAAACAUGGGCCUAACUGUGCUUUCAAGUAUUUCUUUUCUGAUGCGUAGGCUAUUGUGUGAUUUGUUUGCAUGCAUGUGUUGCUGAAAUGCUUUUUUGUGAUGGUGUAAUUGUGGCUAUCAAGAAUCGACCCUGUAAAGCCUCUUAUGUAAUAAAAUAUCUGGUUUGCUGUCA